UGACACCCACCUCGGCCGCGCGAUCGUACGGGUCCCGCCAUUCGCAGGCACGCGCGCGCGCGCCACGGGCCGAGCCCAGGGCAGCUGGCUGACAGUUCGCACUCGGAAGCCACCCGCUCCGAUCUCGCCGCGCUCAUGGCAUCUCCAGGCUCCGGCUUUUGGUCCUUCGGCUCCGAAGAAGCUUCUGGGGACCCCGAGAAUCCAGGCACAGCGAGAGCCUGGUGUCAGGUAGCACAGAAGUUCACGGGCGGCAUCGGGAACAAGCUGUGCGCCCUGAUCUACGGAGACGCGGAGAAGCCGGCGGAGAGCGGCGGGAGCGAGCCCCCGAGGGCCACCUCGAGGAAGACCGCCUGCACCUGUGACCAGAAGCCCUGCAGCUGCCCCAAAGGCGAUGUCAACUACGCGUUUUUACACGCAACAGACCUGCUUCCAGCCUGUGAUGGAGAAAGGCCCACUUUGACAUUUCUGCAAGACGUUAUGGACAUUUUGCUUCAGUAUGUGGUGAAAAGUUUCGAUAGAUCAACCAAAGUGAUUGAUUUUCAUUACCCUAAUGAGCUUCUUCAAGAGUAUAAUUGGGAAUUGGCAGAACAACCACAAAAUUUGGAGGAAAUUUUGAUGCAUUGCCAAACAACUCUGAAAUAUGCAAUUAAAACAGGGCAUCCCAGAUACUUCAAUCAGCUCUCCACUGGAUUGGAUAUGGUUGGAUUAGCAGCAGACUGGCUGACAUCAACAGCAAAUACCAACAUGUUCACCUAUGAAAUUGCUCCAGUAUUUGUGCUUUUGGAAUAUGUCACGCUAAAGAAAAUGAGAGAAAUCAUUGGCUGGCCAGGGGGCUCUGGCGAUGGGAUAUUUUCUCCUGGUGGCGCCAUAUCUAACAUGUACGCCAUGCUCAUCGCUCGCUUUAAGAUGUUCCCAGAAGUCAAGGAAAAAGGAAUGGCCGCAGUCCCCAGGCUCAUUGCCUUCACAUCUGAACAUAGUCACUUUUCUCUCAAGAAGGGAGCCGCAGCCUUGGGUAUUGGAACCGACAGCGUGAUUCUGAUUAAAUGUGAUGAGAGGGGGAAAAUGAUUCCAUCUGAUCUUGAAAGACGAAUCCUUGAAGUCAAACAAAAAGGAUUCGUUCCUUUCCUUGUGAGUGCAACAGCUGGUACCACUGUGUAUGGAGCAUUUGACCCUCUCUUAGCUGUUGCUGACAUUUGCAAAAAGUACAAGAUCUGGAUGCAUGUGGAUGCAGCGUGGGGUGGGGGACUACUGAUGUCCCGGAAACACAAGUGGAAAUUGAGCGGCGUGGAGAGAGCCAACUCUGUGACAUGGAAUCCACACAAGAUGAUGGGGGUCCCGUUGCAGUGCUCUGCUCUCCUGGUCAGAGAAGAGGGACUGAUGCAGAGCUGCAACCAGAUGCAUGCCUCCUACCUCUUUCAGCAAGACAAGCACUAUGACCUGUCCUAUGACACUGGAGACAAGGCCUUACAGUGUGGACGCCAUGUCGAUGUUUUUAAGUUAUGGCUAAUGUGGAGGGCAAAAGGGACUAUUGGAUUUGAAGCACAUAUUGAUAAAUGUUUGGAGCUAGCAGAGUAUUUGUACAACAUCAUAAAAAACCGAGAAGGCUACGAGAUGGUGUUUGAUGGAAAGCCUCAGCAUACAAAUGUCUGUUUCUGGUAUGUGCCGCCCAGUUUGCGGAUGAUGGAAGACAAUGAAGAGCGAAUGAGCCGCCUCUCAAAGGUGGCUCCAGUGAUUAAAGCCAGAAUGAUGGAGUAUGGAACCACAAUGGUCAGCUACCAGCCUCUGGCAGAUAAGGUCAAUUUCUUCCGUAUGGUCAUCUCAAAUCCUGCAGCAACUCACCAAGACAUUGACUUCCUGAUUGAAGAAAUAGAACGCCUGGGACAAGAUUUAUAAUAUCUUAGUUCACUAAGCUAUUUCAAGUCUCUAGGUAGACAAUUAAGUUGUCACGAGUUGUGUGAAUGUAUUUGUAGUUUGUUCCAAAGUAAAUCUAUUUCUAUAUUGUGGUGUCAAAGUACAGUACAGUUUCAAACUCAAGAAAACAUUGUUCCUUUUAAAAAUCCUUUCUUAAGUUUAGAAUACCUCUCUAAUAAUCAGUGACAAAAGGCUGUGUUUAACCAAUAAGGAAAAAGCUUAAAAUUAUUAUAAAUACUUCCUUUAACUCAAUAUAGUUUGCAAAUCAAGUUUUAUUUUCCCUUUAAUGUUAGUAAGAUUGAAUAGUGCCAAAAUGCCCCUGAAUCAUCAUAGGUUCUUUGGGGUGCAGAGAAAAGGAUAAAGUAAACAUAAAAUAUAUGUUGAAAAUAAAUAAAAAAAAAAACUCUUGCCUUUUUCAUAGUAUUAGAAAAAAAUUUCUAAUUUACCUAUAGCAACAUUUCAAAUGUAUUUAAAUACAUAUAAUUUUACAAAAGGAAAAUAUAUAUUAAAAAUAAAUCCUAUUUUGUAACAUAGAUUUUAUUUUAUAUGGGUUAUACAAAGUGCAGGGGCAGAUAUAAAAAACUAAGUCAGAUUUUAUUUCUCUUUAUUUUAAUAGAGGCACAAAAAACACUUAGCAAAGUUAUUUUGAACUAUAGAGGCCCACGCAAUUCUUAAAAAGUUAGAUUCCUUCUUUCUAGUCAUGUUGUAGCUUAUAAAAUCUAUAAGGUUAGUAUUGUAAGAUAAAUACAAAAGAAUACUGCAAGUG